AUGAUAGCGCAGCGAGCUGUUUGCUCGAAACCUUUACCUGAUCACCUAUCGCUUGCCAGAAACCUUACUCUCAAGUGUUCUCGUGACUCUCAGUUCAAGAUUAAUUGUGAUGCAGCGAUUGAUGUGGGACGUGGCUUUGGCUUUGGUGUGGUGAGCACGAACAAGGAUGGGAUGUUGGUGGGUGGUCGUCAGGGUUUUAUCCCGGGGUUUUACUCGGCGGAAGAAGGCGAGGCUAGAGCGAUUCUUGAAGGCCUGAUCAUGUGCAAAGAUAAGGGACUCGAAGACAUCAUCAUCGAGACUGAUUGCCAAUCCUUAUUUUGGAGAUUACAGAACAGGAAGGAGGAUCGUUCUUCUCUUGGUGACUCUGUUGACAAGAUUAUAAGUUUGGCUGCCUCGUUUGGAUGCUGCUCCUUCAGCUGGACACCCCGUGAAGGCAACUAUAUAGCUGAUUGUUUAGCUAAAGUUUCUCUCCUUAAUCGUGUGGCUCAGUUUGUUUCUGAGGUCUCCCUUCUGUUUCUAAACUCUCUUCUUGCUGAUUAA